GAGAAAGUUCCACUUGAAGAAGGGCUGCUCUAGAGUCUUAUCCAGCGACCAUCUCGAUUGCCGUCCUGAGCUAUAAUAUGGUCCGAGCUCUUUCCUGCAAACUGUAGAAAUGGCGUCUCUUCUCUGCUCCUAUGCUAACAUGUGCUGCGGGAUAAAUACAUCAUGCCCAAACACCAAUUUUGGAGAAUUGCAUACAACCAGGUUGUCUUUUUGUAAUUUUCUCCAAAGACAAAAGUGCGAUGUUAAGCUUUGCUUUCUUCUGAAAACAUCAUUUUCUGGGUCUGGUAUUGGGACACAUAUCAGUUCGGAUGUUCUUAAUGAAGCAACUUCAGAAAGGUCUAGAAAUAUGGGCAAAUGCUUCAAAAGUGACUUGAGCUGCAUUAACAAUCUUGAAGAGCAACUGCGUGUUCUCUUUAAUGAAGUAAAUUCCAUGAUAAAAUCAGGAAAUAAAAAUGAUGCUGUUGAUCUACUUAAGGCAAAUUAUGAAGCUGUUAAAGAACAGAUAGAUGCCGGUUUCAGGGGUAUAGAAGAGGCCAGGGUUCUUGACAUAAUAGCAUUGGGCCACAUUGCCCAUGGAGACCUAACCACAGCUAUUUCCAUAAUGGACCUGUUGAAUGGGAUUGUUGAAUAUUUGAAAAAUGAAGAACCGCUCUUGGACUCAAUACUAAUGCAUAUGGGAAGCGUGUAUGAUAAAUUGGAGAACCUUGAAAUGUCCUUACUAUCAUACAAAAGAGCACUUGCAAUUGUGGAGAGAAAAUAUGGGGAGACCAGUUCUUUUCUCAUUGUUCCAUUGUUAGGAAUGGCAAAAGCUCUGGGCUCUUUUGGUAGGACCAAAAAAGCUAUUGAAAUAUAUAACCGUGCAAUUUCGGUAUUGGAAUCUUGCAAUGACAUUGAAAAUGAAGAAUUAGUGUUGCCUCUAUUUGCUUUGGGCAACCUUUUACUGGAGGAAAGAAGAGCAACUGAUGCUGAAACUGCUUUCAAAAGAAUUGUAAGCAUCUGCACGAAUUUAUACGGGGAAAAUGAUGUAAAAGUUGGAAUGGCUUUGUGCUCUCUUGCAAAGGCAAAAUAUAGUAAAGGUAAGAUUGAUGAAGCCGUGAAUCUAUACAGGAAGGCUCUUCAGGUUCUCAAAUAUUCUGGAUGUGCUGUAGAUGACAAAGUUAUGGAGAAGAUAAGAACUGACUUUGCAGAGUUACUUCACUUGGUAGGAAGGAACAAUGAAGGGCGUGCCCUCUUGGAGGAAUGCUUACUGAUUACAGAGAAAUCUAAAGGGAAAGACCAUCNAUUUAUAUAAUCUUUUCAAGUUUUUGUAACAUUUUUCCUUAUUCAAAAUAUUGAGUAAUUAUAUGUCAAUUAAUAGCCCGUGCGACACGGGUACGAGUCUAGUACAAAAAUACCAUCUCGAUUGCCGUCCGGAGCUAUAGUAUGGUCCGAGCUCUUUCCUGCAAACUGCAGAAAUGGCGUCUCUUCUCUGCUCUCAUGCUAACAUGUGCUGCGGGUGAAUAUAUUAUUUUCCAUUCC